CUGGAACUGUUCAAUAUGUCCUCUUGAAAUCAUAAACACUAAACAAAAAUAAACUCCAAAUGAAAAAAAUGUUUUUUUCUUUAAUUUCACCAAAAACUAAAAGUUUUGAGAAACUAACCCGUUUAUGUUUAUAUAAAUGGACAGCAUGGUGUACAGAAUCUACAAGGGCAUUUGAUCCUGCUCAUCCUUUUCGUAUUAAAAAAAUACCUGAAGAUAUUUGGGCUGAAAGUAAAGACCCUAAAUUCACAGGAGUAGAAGAAGUGAAAGAUAGGUGGCAUUUUGUUGAGCGUCUUUUUCCAAAACUUAGAGUUCCAGAGCCUGCAAAAAAAAUUUCCUCUGUUGGAUGGAAAGCACCAUCAGAAAAUUUGCCAGAUUUGCCAUACUUUAUUGAGAGAACUAGGAACCAUAUGCUUCCUGUAUAUGAAGAUCAUGUAUACAAGGACAGGGUGCGUGUAACACAAGUGAAGAAAAUUCAAGGAGAUAUAUGGGCAUUUGAAGUAGAUCUUAAAAAGUUUUUGCAAGAAAAAUUGGGUGAAGAAGUAGAAUCCCAUGUAAAUGAAAUGUGCUGUUUUGUAAAUAUUAGAGGUCGUCAUGUAGAUAUAAUUAAAGAAUGGUUGUAUGAUAAAGGUUUUUAAAAUAAAGAAGUUCUCAUUUCUGUUUUA